AUGCAGGCUGGGACCAUACAGUACGGCGACCGUGUACACACACUGUGGACACCUGUCACCAAGAGCCGCUGCCUUGAGGUGAUGCGGUCCGUGCAAGCCUGUGUAGACGCAACUGUGGCCAGGGUCAAUGUAGAUGUGAACCCCCGAGACUUGCAGACAGCGUUCGCUUGCUUUGACCUGGAGGCUUGGUGGAAUGCCAAGCAGUCUCUUCAGCUUCACGACGAUCCGGAACCGUGGCAGCACUGUCACAAGACCCUGAUGGCUGCCUUCCGCUUGCUUUGCAAGGCUAUGAGGUUGGAGAGGACGAAGUGUCAGGUGGAAGCAGAAUUUGAGGCAGUGUUGGCGGAGCUACUUGAACCCUCCACACUUGCGGAAGUCCAGAAAGAGCAAGACUCCCGGAUCCUGGGCUAUGGUCGGCCGCUGAAUGCCUGCGGUGGCGAGUUCUCUACACUGCCAGUGUUGGUUUCCUGGUAUUGCUCUAUUUUGGACGGAGAGUGUCAGGUGGAGCGCGACCUCAGCAUGCUCAAAGCCAUCCUGACCGAGCACAAAGGCAGCAUGGACAUCGAUGGAGUCACAGUUGCCGAGCUGCUCGAACUCCGUCUCGACGGGCCCCAGUGUCAGGAAGACAUCGCGAAGCAGAUCACGGGGCAGGACGUGGAUCUGGGCGACGCCAACGUCAGGUCUGGUGGUGUCUUGCAGAUGUCAGACUUUACCCGAGAGUGUCAGGCCCUGUACAUCGAGAAAUAUGGCCGAAGGUUCCGGUGUUACAAGGAGCGGGCAGACAAGGGGCAAGCCAGAAAGAAGCGAGAAAACACUGUCGUCAGUUUCAUGCGCAAGCAAAGACGAGCUGUCAGCAAUUUGGUGAGAAGCUAUGGUGAGGACUCUGCCUCCAUGCAGGCGACCUGCCUGGCCAUCGAUCGAAAACACUUUGUGCAGCGUCAGGCAACAAAAAUGGCCAGCAACCCUCAGUGGGACAAUGCUCUCGCCAAGUUCCACAGGGUCACGUUGCAGAGGCAGACCGCCAACCAGAAAGCCAGAGCCCAACUACAGAUGGGUCUUCCAGCAGACCGACCUGAGCUGCGCCGAGGCGACCUCUUGAAGGCAGACAGACGUCUGAGACACGACACCGACGUGCCUGUCUUGUCCCCGGAGGCAAAGGUCUUGGAUGUCACCUUUGCGGGCAUGGAGGAUCCUCCGCUGCGAGGCCAGACGACUCGCCCUGCUCAGCCGGACACAGUGUCGUUUCAGGAGAUGCUGAAGGCCACCAUUGUCGUAGUCGAUGAUGUGCUGGCUGUGGAGCAGAUGAGAUCCGGGUCUGGACACUUGCUCAUGUACAUCACGGUUGUGGCCAAAGGUUUGGGCUUGGUGUCUUCGAAAGAAUGGUUGAGUGGCACGCGCAUGUCUCGUGUCCGCUUCUACAAGUCCGCCGUUAAAGAAGUGUCAGUUUCGCUGCACCUCACAGACACAUUCUGGCAGAGUCACAGGGAUGCAGCAAAAAUUCUGAAACAUUUCGCUCAACAAAGAGGCAGCUGUUGGAAGCUGACAGACCCGGAGGACGCUGCAGACAUUGUCAGCGACUUGCCUACGCUUCAUCGCUUCCUCUGCAGUGUUCGCAGGGUCUCCAGAGACCACGUGCCAGGCACGAGAAGAGGAGUAGGAUCGGGGUGGCACCUGGGCAUGGGUUCCAAGCUCCUAGACGCCGCAAAAUUUAAGCGAGCUCGCAAUCGGAAAUCAACGACAGCCGCGGCCAGAAACGGCUAG